AUGCCGCCAAUCAGUGGCUGGACGCCAGGCAGGAGGCCCAUGGCGCUUCAUCAACAUCAUCCAGCAGGCGCUUCAUCAACAUCAUCCAGCAGGCGCUUCAUCAACACCGUCCAGCAGACACUCCAGCAUCAGCAGACUGAUACAGACGAUAAUCUUGACGAUGAACUCGCCAUUGAACCGAUUGGAGGAGGCGUCCCGUCGUGA